AUGUCUAAUUCUUCAGAUCUUGAACAAGGAACUCAAGAACGCAAAAAACCCAACAUUCUUAUAACUGGUACUCCAGGAACCGGUAAGACAACUUUAAGCCAGCUAGCAUCGGAAUCAACGGGUCUAUUACACAUAAAUGUAGGAGAGUUAGUUAAAGAAAAAUCAUUACAUCAAGAAGACACAUUAUCAAAUGGUGGAAAUAUAGUGGACUUUCAUUCUUGUGAAGUAUUUCCCGAACGUUGGUUUGAUUUGGUUCUGGUAUUAAGAACUGAUAACACGAUAUUGUACGAUCGAUUAAAAGGCCGAGGUUAUUCACAAAAAAAAAUCACGGAAAAUAUUGAUAGUGAAAUAUUUCAAGUGAUAUUAGAAGAAGCAAGGGAGUCAUAUCCGGCAGAAAUCGUAGUUGAGCUACAAAGUAAUACCAUAGAGGACAUGCAAAGUAAUGUUACAAGAAUUGAAGAGUGGGUAGAAGCUUGGAA